AUGGCCGAUGAAAAUUCGGACUUAGAGACUCAACGCUCAAAAGAGCCUAAUCUUGGAUUUUAUCAAACUUUGGCUUUAGCUUUCAAAGCUUUAGGUGUUGUCUUUGGAGAUAUUGGUGCAGCUCCGAUGUUUGUAUUCAAUGGAAUAUUCAUAGAUCAACAACCUAACGAGGAUGAUGUCUAUGCAAAUGAUAAUGGUGAAGGUGGCCCUUUCGCCCUAUAUUCAUUAUUGAUAAGACAUUCUGGACUCUCUAUAGGUGCAGAAGCUCCGAGAUCAGAUGAUAUAAAUAUAAUAAAUUACAAAAGCGAGUCAAUUAUUGGAGUUCCGAACUUUAUCGAACGUAGUAAAUUCAUACAAAACUUGUUAAUAAUAGUUGUCAUGCUUGGUUCUUCAUUGUUAAUAAGUGAUGGCAUGUUAACUCCUGCUAUAUCGGUAAUUUCGGCCAUUGAAGGGUUUGAAAUUCCCUUGAAAAAGGUUGAAAAUAUAGGAGAAAAAGAAUUACCGAUGAUUACUAUAUUCGCAAGCUGGUAA